CAACAGCAAGCCCCGCCCCCACAGCAAGCCCCCCCUCCCCAGCAGGUGCAGCAGCAAGGCCCUCUUCAGAGCCAAGCUCCGCCUCUUCAACCUAUUCCACAAGAUGAUGAUAUUCAGCCUGCAGUUGUGGAAAUAAAUGAAGCCCUCGUCCAGACCAUUGUGGAAUUAGACAAGGAGAUAUCGGCCUUGGAGUCUCGAAAUGUUACCAAGCAGUACCAGCUGAAGAGUGACCAACUCGGUAAACUCACCGUCCGAGUAAAGAAAAUGGCUCACGAGCAACAGACUCUUGAUCAACAAACGAGGAAAGAAUACCAGGACGUCAUCGAUUUACAGAACCAUCAGUCAACGAGACAGAUGAUGACCCAGGGUCAAUUCAAUGCGCAAAUGAGCAAAGAGAACGAAGAAUACAUGCAGGCCCUGUCCAAGCAGGAGGUUCACAAGAAGGAGUUAGAGGAAACGGCUAAACAGCUAGAAGCUUACAAGAGAGAAGUUGAACCUCUCAAGACACAGUCGGAACAUCUCAAGGCGUUGUACGACAAGCAGGACGGCAUUUUGGCAAGCGUCUUUGAUGGUAAAUACGGCAGCGAGAGAGAGUUCAACUUGGAGUCAGACUUGGACAUCCUACUGGAGCGCAAGCAGAGGGUUGGUGUCGCUAAGUACAAAUGGCAGAACGCAAAAGUCCUUCUUCAACAUGCUGGUGGCCAACUUGGAUUUGCCAUCAGGCGAUGGGGAGACGUGCUGCAGAUACCUCCUCAGAACACCGACCUCAGGUACAAAUUUGCAGCAGAGGCACGGAACAAUCUCGUUGCCGGAUCACAGAACAUCACCAGCGCGGCGAAUUACCUCAACACGAUCCGGUUCCCAUACUGCACCAAGGAGGAGUUGCAGGUACUUACCAUGGCUAUCAAUCACGUCUUCACGGAUCUGCUGACGCCGGAGAGACACAAGCACGCCAUGGAGUGUUACGUCACCGUGUACAAGCGGACAGGAGCUCUCAUCCAGUGGUGUGAUCAUGUCAUCAACAAGACAAUCUUAAAAGAUCUUGAGUCCGCGGUGAAGGAGUGCGCCAGCAAGAAGCAGGAACUAAAGCAUGAGAGACUUAAACUUAUUAAAGAGAAGAUUCGUGAGAAGCUGGGAGAUGAGGCGGCCGAUAAGAUUGAGAUUUCUUCAGAUGUGCCAGCUGAGGUUGAGGAUGUAGACAAAGAUGAUGCAGAGCUGUUGAUGCUAGUUGAGGCAGACGCCGUGUCACAGGCUGGAGAAUUGGCUACGCUUGCUCCAGAAGGAAAUGACAGUCAAGCCAUCACACCCAUUCCUCUGACUGAGCUUGCUCCUACCCCAUCCAUGGAUGAUCUUUUUGGCAACAUUGAUCAGCUCAAGAAGCAGCAUGAAGAAAAUGUCAAGGAGUUGAACAGACAACAAGACAUGGCCAAGGCAAGAGUUGACCAGGACCUUCAGGCGAAGCUUGCAAAGAGGCGGAGCAGACGUCGUCGGGUCCAGGCACAGGAGACGGAGAUGCAAUCACUGGCUGAACAGACCAGCUAGAAAAAAAAAAAUCAGUUACCCUUCCCUCAUUUUUAUCUUAAGUUAGAUUCUUCAUAGACUCUAAGAUCGCGUUUGAAUCAAAGCAAUUUUUUGAACCAGAUUUUCGGUGACAUUUACUGAGAGUAUCAGGUAUGCAACUUUUAGCUGAUCAGCCCACUUUUUUUUUUUUUUUUUAAACCAGUGCCAUGGAAAACUGGAUAACACUGUACAAAAGUGAAGUGUGAGCGGCCCGUUUUACCUGUAAAGACAAAUGAGAUUGGCCUAAAUAUUUUCUUACUUGUCUUUAGUACUUGUUCGAAUAAAAUUAAUUUACAAAAAAAUUCUUCUUGUUUUGAUUCUGAGCUUGUAGAAAGAAACUGGGUUGAGUGACCAUUUUUUAGAACAAGCCCUUUAGGAUUUUCCAUCUAAAUUCAGGCCCGGAGUAAAGUAGAGAGGUUAGACUGCUCAAGUUGAAAUGGUAUUCAUAGGUUGUACAUAUUUUUUACAUUUGUAUAUAUUUGUCGACAGGUUUACUCUAUUGAUAAUGUGUUUGAUGUUUAAUAUUAAGCAUGUGUUUUGAUAUGUGUGCAAUGCCCACAUGAAAGUAGUCUUACGAGGGUCUUAUUAUAUGUAAGAAAUCAUAUGUGAAUAUCACCAAAGAUUUUAUCCGUCCAGUUUUGGGAGAAAUGCAGUAUUGAACAAGUGGUACUUUGAUGUAACUCGAGGUUGAACCCAGGCAUGAUUUUCCUAAGUUUGUUUUAC